GAAAGGAGGUUGUGCAUGUUUCGUUUCUCGAUGUCGUUUAGAAUUUUUCUUUUCUAUCCAUCAAAUUACAAUUCAUAGGGUGGUUGAGGUAGAACAUACCCUGAAAUACAGGUUCAAUGCACAGCAUAUAUCAAAAAAUAAGUCGCACAGUCGUUAAAAUCAAAUAUAGAGCCAAAAGUGAAACGCUUUGCCAAACUAUAGCACAUUCUUAUGAACGUAUACUCGUAUUUGUUCGCAUUUUCACGAUUUUAUAGAGUGUGAAUCUUAUGUGCACUGGAGCGUGACAAUCGAGAUAAUUUUAGCGUUUGAAUAUUCUCUGUGUGUUUAUAAGCUUCAAAGUUCUUCAGUUUCUGCAUAAAAGAUGGUAGAGUCUUAUAUUACGAAUAUCUGAUCCAUCUUUUCGCUUAGCAGAGCACUCUUAACAAGAUUUCAGAUCGAAAAGUAAAUUAAUUAACGCAUCGUUCGCUCGCCUUUUAAAGAUUUAUGCUUAGUAGCCUCACCUGUACACAGAGAACGUAAUUGCCAAAGUUUAACUUUUAAAAAUAACUUCAUUACAACUUUUUUAACGACGUCAAAGAAUUUCAUAAGCGCCACUCUUCUACACCUAUUAAAGCUCAUCUCAUCUCGUCGUAUAUCUAAAAUUUGUAAUUUGUUUAUCAAACGUCUGGUAUACGUAUAGGUGUGUGUGGCGGGCGGGGCGCGGGGGCGCGGGGGGCGCGGCCGCGCUUGCCGCGCUCGUUCCGUCACACGGGCAGCAGUCACGUGCGACGACGCCGGCUCUCAACGCGCUUUACGUAACAUAUCGAUUCCCGCUGCACCUAUCGAUCGCCGAUCGGCCGUUGCACAUCACUAUAACUUGGUUUCCCGCGCAAAUUUAAUUUUGGAUUUUUACGUCAGCGUCGCGUGUGUUGUGUUUUUAUUUUAUUUUUUGAUUUUGUGACGAGGCCUUGGAUUUUUCGGUCGAGCUGCACGCUCUCGGAAGAGUUUCAAGGUCUUACAAGACAUCAAGAGCUACCGUGGUCGCAAGCCCCUCGGCGGUACAGCGGGAGUGGCCGGCGGCGUCCCCGGCGUGGCAGCCGCAGCGUCGCCCAGCCCCGCGCCCCAAGCACCGGCAGCGCCCAGCCCCGCGCCCGCCACCACGCCAGCCAUGAAGCAGGAACACCCCAGUCAGCCAAUGUGUUUUGUGUUGUUGCAGGCUCCGAUGCCGUUCUACGCCGGCGAUCCGAACCGGUUCCCUACGGCGUGGCAGACUGACCCUUCUCAAGGUUGGCAGAACCAAUUUAUCCAGCAACUACCAACACAGACUGGACAGACGACGUUGGACUAUCAGGGCAACCACACGGCGUACGCCACGUCGCCCCACUACCAAGCCAACACCACCUACACCGUCCAGAACGUCUCCACUACCUUCGAUGUCACCAACAACACCUACUAUCAGGCUGGGAUCCAGUCAGUGCCGGCUCAGCGUCCGCCUUCUAACCGCGGAGCUUACGCUACUGUCCCAUCACCGAGAGCGCCUCACUAUACAACAGAGUACCAACAGCAGUACGCCCAGGCAGCGACGCCUGGCGCGCAGUCGGGAAACGAUUCUCGACCGGCCUCGGCGGCCUCAUAUCAAAACUCCGUACCGACAACUGCGGCGCCUGGCUAUACGGUCAACCAACAGAACUAUGACCGCACGGAUUACAACCAAGACCACCAAGAUGAAUAUUCUAACCCCGAAAAUGGUUCGGGAGAUACUAGCAACGAAGGCGAGAGACAAGAACAAAAUACGCCUAAUGGACAGCAUUCGGGAAACGCCGAGCCUGGAUACCUGCAGGGGAGCAACGGUCCGCGAGCUUCACUCGAUUGUAGCGGGUAUUCGGGCGGCUAUAAUAGCGGACAAUAUAGAGAGAAUGGUCAGCCACAAAACCAGAAUGACUGGCAACAACAUCAGUGGCAGCACAACCAAAGAAUACAAAACCAACAGAUGCAAAACCAACAGCAGCAGAUGCAAAACCAACAACAACAGAUGCAGAACCAGCAAAUGCAAAAUCAACAGCAGCAAAUGCAGAAUCAGCAACAGUUACAAAAUCAAAUGCAGAAUCAGCAGAUGCAGAAUCAACAGAUGCAGCAGAGGCAGGAGGAUGAACAACAGAUGUUCUCGCAAUCAGACAGGGUGAAUUUGAACUCGAGACUGAAAACGAUGAUACUGAACAAGCAGAACCACACCCGGGACGGCACCAACACGCCGCCAGACAAAGGUGAUCCCGGAGAGGGGCCGCCUCGAGUGAUCGAUGACAGGAAGACCGGAGCCGUCUCUGUCAAUGAUGAUAGAAACACUACCGGUCAUUUUUUAUCGUAUAGCCACCAUCUCCGAGAUAAUUACCGCUUAGGCGACCAGGCGUAUCCUGUCGCUGGUAAUUAUUCACAGAACACCCAAGCUUAUGGCGCGGGUGAGUUCGGAGGUGGUGGCCACCACGUAUGGGAGGGGGGGACGGAGGUCCCAAGAAAUUAUGAUAAACACGCUUCGUCUAAGAACGUAUCUAAGACACCUCAAAAGUUGCCGUCUUAUGCAGAUAUGAGAGGACAAUACGGUGCAUAUCCUAAUGUACCAUAUGAAGCGCAAAAAUAUGCAGAAAUUUAUGGUAGCGAUAGUUUAAGUUAUACUCAACAAGAUAGUAAGGAUUUUCAAUCAAAAAUGCUCAUUGGACCAGUAUCGGAGAUGAACCAACAAAGUUGUAACCCACCAAGGGACACGAACACACAAAGAAGAGCUUAUGAAAGUAGGGAAACGUAUGAUGCUAAAUUUAGACAUCCUUCAGCACCUUUGAUUCCUAAGUUGGAAGUGCCUGAUACUUAUCAGUAUCACAAAGAUGAUAGGUUAAUGAAGUCAAACGACUCGCAGAGGGUAAUGAACCAAACUUCGUAUCUCAAACCCAAUGAAAUGACAAUUAACAACUCGUAUCGGGAAUAUCCAAACGGUGUAGCGAAGGCGCAACAAAAUACUGUUUUGCCACCGAUAUCAACAAUCAAACAGGAAAACUUUGGACAAAAACAACAGCCUUUUCAAAACUUUCAAGGUUUUCCUUAUGACAUGGCGAGGCGCCUAGAGCCAGCGGAGACGUUCGCCCAACUACCACGUACUCAAGAAAACAUGGGCUUUCAGAAAUAUCAGCGGAACUUCCCUGAUCCAAAGGUGAACAAAGAGCCAGAAAAGGGUAACGAAAGGCCUGAGCCAGCUGACCCUAAACCGCCGUAUUACAUAGAGCAAAUCAAAUCUGAGCAUUCUCCGCCGGGGCACAAAAUUUACAAAAACUUGCCCUAUAAUAUGCCUCCACGGAAUGACCCAUACCUUUACCCGGGAGAUGGUGGUCCAGCAGUAAUUAGAAACGAAGUAGGGUACUCUUGCUGCCGCCAAGGCUCUACCAAGAAGCCACCUCCGGAACAUCUCAGAGAUGGCGCUUGCCCCGGAUUGCAGACAAAGGAUGAAGUAAUAGAAGAUGACCCCGACGCAUCAGAAAAAGGUGACUCUAAAACCAACUCGAAGCCUGGCACUCCUGUUCCAGACUUGGCAAAACCUAAAGAAAAUCAAUUUAAUUACUCUAAAGAGUAUCUAGACAAUUUAGAGAGGCUUAAGACUAAUUCAAGAACUGAAGUCCCAGAUUGCAACUGUUUUCCAGCUGAUAAGAACCCUCCGGAACCUGGGAGCUAUUAUACGCAUUUAGGCGCUGCGUCAACUUUAGCAGAAUUGAGAAAAGAACUAGAAGCUCGCACUGGCCUGUCAGGCAAGGAGUUGAGAAUAGAGAAGAUUUGCUACACGGGAAAAGAAGGAAAGUCCGCACAAGGAUGCCCAAUGGCAAAGUGGGUAAUAAGACGCGCAAACUACACUGAAAAAGUACUAGUUGUCGUGAAAUUCCGUAACGGUCACAAGUGUCCGACGUCAUGGAUUGUCGUAUGCCUGGUGGCGUGGGAAGGCAUCCCUCAAUCAGAAGCAGAUCUGGACUACACGCUGUUGUCACACAAGCUUAACAGAUAUGGUCUACCAACCACCAGACGAUGUGCCACUAAUGAGAACAGAACCUGCGCCUGUCAAGGUUUAGACCCUGAAACCUGCGGAGCAUCCUACAGCUUCGGUUGCUCCUGGUCAAUGUACUACAAUGGAUGCAAAUACGCCCGUUCAAAAACAGUUCGCAAGUUCCGCCUGUCUGUGAAGACGGAGGAGAGCGAGAUAGAAGAACGCAUCCACGUGCUGGCCACGCUGCUCAGCCCGUUGUACAUGAACCUUGCACCGAAGGCCUUUGAGAACCAGUGCCAGUUUGAAAAGGAAGCCUCUGACUGCAGGCUCGGGUUUAAACCAGGAAGACCUUUUUCUGGUGUAACGGCAUGUAUUGACUUCUGUGCCCACGCGCAUCGCGACUUACACAACAUGAACAACGGCUGCACAGCGGUCGUGACCCUCGCUAAGCACCGCUCCCUCAACCGGCCGCCUGAUGAACAACUCCAUGUAUUGCCGCUGUAUGUCCUUGACACUACCGACGAGUACGGCUCCAAGGAUGGCCAGGAUGAAAAGGUCAAGAACGGGGCGCUUGAGAUACUCGAUAAAUAUCCGAUGGAAGUGCGUGUACGUUCCGUUCCACUCCAGCCUUGCCGACGUCAUGGGAAAAAACGAAAAGACGACGACAACUCUGAAUCAAACACAUCAGCGAAUAGCAACAACUCGCAGAGUCCGGGCAACCAAAAGAAGGCUCAACAGUCACCUGCUCCGCGGACGCCGCAGCCCGCUGACGCGAGGAACAAUGCGAGUCCACGCAGCCAGAGCAGUGCCUCACCCAGGGCCCACACCCCAGCCUUGAACCAGUCCAACCCUUCAGCGUUUACCAACAACCCUCACUAUAAUUCUGCUUUCGUAAAUCCCAAUAUGCAGCACCAAAACCCCGGACUCAUCAAUCCGAACCUGGGCAACCCUGCAUUAUUGGACAUGGCGACCAUGAUAGACAACUUCACGGAUGCUCAGUUACAAAGUAAUCAGAUAUCUAGCACCGUGUUAGAUUCACCAUACAACUCUUAUGAACAAAGUUAUAAUUUACAUCAUCAGAAUGCAAUGUACAAUCAGAAUCACGUAUCGCCGCUCGUCGAGGGCACACAGCUUAAUCAUCAGAAUCAAACUCCAAAUCCGAACCCCAAUCAACUGCCAAGUUUCGCAGCAGGACUUCAGAAAAGAGAGCACCAGUUUACGAACCAAAUGGCCCCUCAAAACCCGUGGCCUGAUUUUGCUAAUGCAGAAAUGUUUAAUAACGUAGUGAAGGAAGACCCUGAUUCAACUACAGCUCAUUUAAAUGUUGCUCCAAACAACUACAGUCCUGACUCCAGUAGAAGCGAAACAAAUUCAGAUCCUAUGAUACCAAAACCUACACAGGAACCUGAAAAGCUUAUGGCUGAGAUCACAAACAAAAUUCCUGAGUUUGACAUGCCGAGUUCGCCGCGAUUGACUGAAAUUUCCCAAAAUUCUCAGAGCACGCCUGCGUCUCCUGCAUCAUCGCAAAUGCCAGAGUUGAAAUCGCCGAACAACGAAAUGAUGAACGCUGAUGUUCGUAAAAGCGUGUGGAAGUCACCUGACGCUAAGAAUUGGGACCAAAAACCUAAAGACCAAUCGACGCCGGAAAAUGAAAAUUCCUUGUUCAGAGUUCCUAAAGCAAGACCUCCAUCGAGGUCUCAACACACGGUAACACCUGAGGUUGUAGAAAACUCUACGUUCCUGAAACCGUAUCCACCAUCUGAGAGGCCUCACUUAAGCCAGGGAUAUGAGCACAGGAGUCCGUACGAUAGCAGACUGAACAACACUGCUCCCCAAACGGCGACUUCUCAAAGUAACUUUACAAUAAACCACGACGAACAAAACGCAGCUGCGGCGAAUAAAACGAUUCCUGAGUUUGCCGGCAAUAACUUCCACCCGGUCAAUCAGAACAACUACGGCAACCAAGCCCAGAUCCAAAGCUAUGGUAAUUACCCUCAGGUAGCCAACGCCUAUCCAUUCUCGGCGGCUCCUUACGGACAUUUCAAUCCCUACGAGAACACGUACAACGAUUACAAUAGUCUAGCUUAUUAUAACGCUGAGAAAUAUAAAAGAGAAGAGCUUCUAAGAAACCCGCACUGUUAUAAUUCUUAUGGAUAUCAAUAUAAUCCGAAUUUUGCUCCUAAUUUCUACCAGAAUCCAAGUCCCAAUUGGUGCCAAUCAACGCCUAACUGGUGCAUAUAUCCCCCACCGUUCUCUAUCCCUUACCCACCGGAGCCGCCGAAAGCUGAACCUAUCGGUGAAGUGACAGAAUUCACAGAAAAUUUAGACUGUUUUAAGGAUAGUCAAAUGGGUGGCGUUGCUAUAGCUCUGGGGCACGGAAGCGUUCUGUUCGAAUGCGCGAAGCAUGAAAUGCACUCGACAACAGCGGUGAAAAGUCCGAACAGAGUUAAUCCUACAAGAAUAUCGUUAGUGUUUUACCAGCAUAGAAAUUUAAAUCGUCCGAAACACGGUCUUGAGGAGUGGGAGGAGAAGAUGAGGUUGAAGAAGCUUGGAUUAAACCCGCCGACGCCGGGCACCCCCAGCACGCCGGGGACGCCGGGCGCGGCGGGGCCCAGCCCGGGGCCCGGCGCGGGGCCCGGCGCGGGGCCCGGCCCGGGGCCCGACAAGGGCAGGGCGGAGGCGGGCGCGCUGCCGGCGCUGGGCGCGCUGGUGGCGGGCGCGGCGGCGGCGCGGCGCGCGGGGCAGGUGCGGCUGCGCGCGGCCACGGCCACCACCACGUCGUGGACCACGCUGUUCCCCAUGCACCCGUGCACCGUGACGGGCCCCUACCAGGAGGCCAGCACCUGACGCCAGCCCGCGCCGCCGCGCGCCCUCCACGCGUGAGCGACGACCUGCCCGAACCCUUCGGGGACUAUUCUAAUCCUCGAUUAGAGUCCUGUGCUUUCCAAUAUAUUUUGUAGUUCCUCGAUAUAUGAUAAGUAUUAGGCGCGGCACGGCUCUGGUCCGUCGUGCUGUAGAAUUGAAAAUCCAGCGAUUCCUUUUAUGCAUUUAAAGAAAAUUGGAAUUGAAUACCGUUUGUAAUUGAAAUAUUUUUUAAAACGUAUACCGAGUGAGUUUUAAUCAAAGAUGUAUGUUUAAGUUUUAAUUUUAAAUAGUGUUUAUCGCAUUUCAGCUAGUCUUACGUUACGUUAGUAUCGAUUGUGUAAUGUCAAAGUGACCGUAAUCGUGUAGGAUUUUUUGUAUAUUCUUGUCGUAUUUUUUUAAGUUGACGUAAGUUGACCCGACCACAAGCUGGUUAGUUUAUUUUUAUCAGACUAUUGCUGUAUAAAAUAGUAAGGUUAUUUUAUUGUUUGUCUGCAUAUUUUGUCGAUGUUUUUUUCUAAUUAAGCGCAUAAUCGAAAGUUUGUGCGACACAUUGAUCUCAUAAACUACUAACCCUACAUUUAUGUAACGUUUAUCCAGAACAAAAGUACAAAACACUACAUUGAGAGCGGUUGUCAGGCCGCGCGCUGCGUUCGGCGGUCGUGUUUAUUCAUAUUUUUGUACCUUUGUCUGUCAAUUAGUUGUUUUAUUUAAUUUGUAACAUUAAUAUUACCAUUCCUGUAAUUCUGAUCGUUUGUUUUGGCUUAUAUUUGAAUAGGUUUGAUUCGAUGAAAUCAAGGCGUAAUCGCCGAAUGUAUUUUACCACGAGAUACGAGUGCUUUUCUAUUAGGUUAAGACGUGUGUAUUUUUAACUUUUUAGAAUAUUUAACUUAUUUAUAUUGUAUUACGUGAACCAUUAUCGUAUCAUUUGCUUUGUAAUAAUUUUAGUGUUACUGUAGACUUUAAUAUUUAAUAUAUUUGCUUUACGGCUCGAUCAUUAAAUUAUUACAGUUGUUUUAUGCAUGUUUCAAGUACGCCUUCUUUACGUGUCAAGUCGAGUGCCUGUUGGUUUGGCUAUAACUAUUGAUUGAUAUUAUAAUGAAUCUAAUUUUUCGAUUUACUUAUUGUUUAAGAUUUGCGAUUGCAUUAUACGAACAUUCUUCUUACCUAGUGAUGAUAAAAUUUUAUAAAAUUAGUACCAUACAAUAAAAGAUGAAUAAUAAAUUAAAUACGUUUAUAUAAGAUAGAAUAUUUGCGAGGUUAAAAAACAAUUUUCAGGCGCUUGGAAAGAUUAUAAAGUAGGCAUGUUAUUGAAAAUGAAUGAAACCAUACUGAUGAAUAGUUAUUAAUAUAUAAUUAGAGUAAGGAAAGUUUGUUUUAAAGAUUAAACUAUUGAUAUAGUUUAUAUUUUUUACGUGUACGUAUUUAUUGAAUGGUAAAUUUAUUGGGACGAACGUGAAAUUAUUUAUAGGUAAAAGUUUUGGAUAUAACAAAACUUAUAAAAACUAAGCAAUAAUAGACAUCGGAGUCUAUGUAAAUUGUAACGUAGGAGUGAAAAAAAUAUUAAAAUUAACGAAUGGUGCGAUAUUGUCGACGGUCUUAUGGUAUAGCGUGACGUUUGGUAACUUACCGAAAUUUGCCUAAAAUUGUAUUUGGAUAUCAUUUGUAUAGCAUUGGUAAAAUGCCCUUUAAUUCUUGCCAUUAAAUAGUUGCCAAUCGUGGAAACACUUCAAUACAUUGACAAGACAUAUCAAAAGCAAUCACAGUCAUUUUAAAUUGUAUACUUGUAUAACAGAGCGGCAGCUGGGAUACUGUGUGAUCUUACACAUAGGUAUUACGGCAGUGGCAAACUUUUCAAACCAAAUAUUGAAUUGUAAUGAGACCUCAUUUGUUAGUAAUUGUAUCAUUUAGGUCACACUAGAAACCUGUGAUAUACAUUAACUCACGAGUGUCUGCUUGUAUGUAUGUCUUCAGUGUGAUUGACAAGGCUUCUUGAUGUUGCGGUACAUACUAACUUACAUACAAAACCAAAAACGACCAGUAUUGUCAGAUUGUAACCAAAAAUGUGUUUUUUUUAUGUUAUUAUUACUUGAUAAUUGUGGAAAUGGGUUUAUUACCAAUGUCGUUUUUAGGAAUGUUAGGUUGUGGGCCUCCCGCCCGCCGCGUUUGAUUUAGGCGAACUUAUUGUGUAACAAUAUUUUUAUUGUCUUCUGCCAAAACAAAAGAGUAAUCGAAUGUGUCAUGUAAAUAGAACUACCAUUAUUUAUUAAUACAAUUAAUUUAAAAAAAAUG